UACACAAUUCUUCAUCCUUUGUUUUAUUUAUUCCACCGUGGUAUCAGAGCUAGAGUUCUCGACCUAGCUAGCUUCCUGUUCAUCUUCUCACGAUCUCGUCGAUCAUUGUACAGCAAGCAAAUGGAUCCGGGCAAAAAAACGACGUCUAGCGGUAGUGGCAGUGGUAGAGGAAAGAGGCUCUUAAUAACGUCAGACGUGGCAAAACCGAGCUCCCGAGUCGAAAACCCCAAUCCAGAAAACUCAGCUUUCUUUCGCAAGUACUUGACUGAUUCUGAUGUUAGGGAUGGAUAUAUCAUAAUUCCUGGCAAAGUCGCGGAACAACAUUUCCUUGGUGGAUCCCCCAAGAAACCUUACGAGGAGAAGGUUCUUAACAUUCGCGACCCUCGAGACAAGACUUGGAAGACGGUACUCUGGAAGUUUGUAAAAUAUUAUAGGAUUUGGAGCAGCAGCUUGGGAGAGUUUUAUACGGAAAACGGUUUGAAAGCUCAGGAUGAGAUCCUGUUUUUCGAAGAUGCGCCCCAUCAGACUUCGGACGGGAUUGAUCGCUACUUUGUUCGAUUCAAUAAAAGAAUCGCUGCACAGGCCAGUGGAGAAGGCACGCAAGGUGGAGGCGAGAGCGCCCGUAAAGCAGUGGCGGAGCAGGUGAAGAAGGGUAGUACUGGUAGUGGAAAGACGGCAGCAGGCGGCAGUGGAAGCAAGGCGAAGGUGGACAAAGGUCUCCCCCGUUCUGGAAAGACGGCAGCAGGCGGCAGUGGAAAGAAGUGAAGUGGAACAAUCUUUUUA